AGAGCAAAAGCCACCACGCUCCACGCCACGCAGCUGGUCUUUUCGUCGAUGAAAUCGGAAGCCCGUCUAACCGUUUCCCGUUGACUGUUCCACGGCUCCGUCCGACCAAAUCCGCUCUACCUGUCAGAGAGUGAGCCGCGCGCCUCGCCACGGACCCUGGCAGACAGAGACAGCCUUCGCCGUCGCCACGUGCUCCGCCCCCGAGGCCGAGCCCCGCCCAGACAAUAAUCCGCUACGGCCACUCCGUCGCGCACCCCCACCAGCAGCAGUUACCCUUUUGGCUUUUGCGACGCGCACAGACGAAUCGGAAUUUGAUGCGGUUACACGCCUGAGAGCGAGCGGUGGCCGGCACGCAUGGCGGCAGAGAAGCAGGCGGCGAUGGACGGGCGGAAGGACGGGGUGGCGCGGGAGGUCAUCCGGAUGGAACGGGAGGCCGUCAUCCCCAUCCUCAAGCCCAAGCUCGUCAUGCGCCUCGCGUAUCUCAUAGAGCAUGAAGCUGAUCGGAACGAGUUCCUGAAGCUGUGCAAGAAGGUGGAGUACACCAUCCGGGCCUGGUACCUCCUCCAGUUCGAAGACCUCAUGCAACUGUACUCACUGUUUGAUCCUGUUUCUGGUAAGGAGAGGUUACAGCAACAGAACCUGACGCCGGAAGAAAUCGAGACCCUCGAAUUCAAUUUCAUGACAUAUCUUUUCCAGGUGAUGGAAAAGAGCAACUUCAAGUUGCUAUCAGAUGAAGAGUUUGAUAUUGCGCAAUCUGGAAAAUAUUUGUUGAAUCUUCCGAUCAAAGUUGAUGAAUCUAAGCUAGACAAGAAGUUGUUGACAAAAUAUUUUAAAGAGCACCCACAUGACAAUCUACCAGAGUUUUCAAACAAGUAUAUCAUCUUUCGUCGGGGCAUUGGAAUUGAUCGAACAACUGACUACUUUUUCAUUGAGAAAGUAGAUGUAAUGAUAUCCCGAGCUUGGAGGUCAUUGCUCAGGGUUACCAGGAUUGACCGGUUAUUUUCUAAGAAACAACAUUUGAAGCCAAAGAAUGGUACGAAGAAGACUGAUGAAAUUAAUGAAGAUGAAGAAGAUCCAGAAUUGUUUGUUGAGAGAAUUCGAUUAGAAAAAAUUGAACUAAGUUUGAAAAAUCUCAUGAGUAAGAUGACAAUUCAAGAACCUACAUUCGAUAGGAUGAUUGUGGUGUACAGGAGGGCUGGUACAAAGACUGAACCUGAUCGGGGAAUAUUUGUAAAGCACUUCAAGAAUAUCCCAAUGGCUGACAUGGAAAUUGUUCUUCCAGAGAAGAAAAAUCCGUCACUAACACCAAUGGAUUGGGUCAAGUUUCUCAUUUCUGCUGUUAUCGGUUUGGUCACUCUAGUUGGCUCUCUUGAAAUGCCAAAGGCUGAUGUAUGGGUUGUAAUAGCAAUCUUGUCUGGUGUGAUUGGAUACUGUGCUAAGAUAUACUUCACAUUUCAACAAAAUAUGACAAUGUAUCAGAAUUUGAUUACAAAAUCAAUGUAUGACAAACAGCUUGAUAGUGGGAAAGGAACUCUUCUUCACUUAUGCGAUGACGUGAUACAGCAAGAAGUUAAAGAGGUCAUAAUUUGUUACUACAUUUUAAUGGAGCAGGGAAAAGCCACUAUACAAGAUCUUGAUUUACGGUGUGAAGAGCUAAUCAAAGAAGAGUUUGGCGCAGAUUGCAAUUUUGAUGUUCAUGAUGCUAUAAAGAAGUUAGAGAAGCUUAGCAUUGUUCAUCGGGAUUCGAUUGGAAGGAUCUUAUGCGUUCCGUUGAAGCGUGCGAAUGAGAUCAUUGGUACGACGACCGAAGAACUGGUGAUGCGAGCACAACAGAACCUUGCUUCCUGAUUCCAUUUCCAGUCACGAUGGAUUGCUGUACCUUCCCUGUCAUCUCCCUGCAAAGCGCGCACCAGAGGGGAAGCUUAGCUUCUGAUCAUCCCGGAAGUCUAUUCCUAGUCUCAUCUCCCUGCAAAGCGCGCACCAGUAAUAAGGAGGAAGCUCCUGGUCAUCCUGGAAGUCUAUUCACCUGUACAUGUGUACGUGUGUAUCUUUGCAUUGCAGUGCCUUCCCUCUCGUUUGGUUUAGCACGGAGUGUAUAUGUCAAACCCUGCUGUUACACAGUUGUACAUAACAAUUAUAUGUAUUUUUUAAAUAUAUAACAGUACAAAUUCGUUAGUUCUCCCUAA